AUGAACCAGGACAAAUUCCCUGGAGACCCGUGUGGUGACGAAGCGCAGCCCUGCCUCUGCUACUGUGCUGGCUGCUGCAAUAUACAGGCCUACCGGGUGUAUUUUGUCAGACUAUUUAUCACGGGGUUCGUGUUACCAGUAUGCUGGCUGCUGAAUAUUCUGUUGUAUCUUUAUGUCUGUUGGUGGAUUCCGCACGACAUUAUCUUUCCGGGAGUUAAGGCAGACAGCAGUCUGCAGGACCCGGAGAAGUCCGCUGAUUUUACAGGAGCUGCAAAGGCGGCCCUUGAUCGGCCCAGCAGCGAGGAGCCCUGGGACACGAGCACGGUAAGGGAUACGUUGCCGGCCGAUGACACCAGCCGCAUUUCUCCGGAAAACGCCGGGCAGGCGCAUCUGAAGGCCAUAGCAGCAUCCACCAUUGAGUGCCACUACCGCUGCAGGCGGAUAUACCUCAAGUGGCUUGCGCGAUCGCUAAUCUGCAUCGUGGGCUACGCCGCGGCGGCAAUCGCGCUGGUCGCCGUGCUCUCUUCUCAGAAGGCGGCGGCCGCAGCUGGAAAUACGUUGCUCACAUCGCCAUAG